AUGGAAACAGAGUCUAAUAAGAUUUUCUGUUGUGAUGAAAAGAAAAGAUUAAUGAAGAAUAGUGCAUUUCUGGAAAGAUUAAGUCUAAAGCCAAAAGUCUUGGUAUUCACACAACAUGGAAAGGGCCGGACUUAUAAGAAAACUAUCGAAGUUAAAAAUGAUGAUAUUAAUUUCGUUCAGAUUACAUUGAAUUCAGAUUUCCCGAACGAUCUCGUUUAUCAAACUGACGAAAACCGCCAAAUAGAACCCCAACUUUCAAAAAAUAUAGAUGUAUUUUACGAACCAGCUCAAAACACCUCCAAACUGGAUCAAAUAAACCGAAGGCACAACAUCUUUAUCAGCAUCCAACAUCCAAAAGUUACAAUAGAGGUCCCAAUCAUAAUACAAUUCAUUUCGGCAGAAAUGUGUGUCCCAAAAAGGAUAUUUUUCCCGAAAUGUGUUCUCAAUCUUAACUCGUAUUAUUGCAUGAGCAUUUACAACCCGAACAAGAAGCCGAUAAUUUUCACCACCAAGUGGAAUGUGAAAAGCUCAAACAUUGAACUCCUUUCCGAUGAAAACUCAUUUGCUGGGAAAUCUUGCACUAGACUCGUUUUCUCAGUAGCUCCUACGGGUGACUGCAGCAUUGAGGAUAAGUUGCUGAUAAUAGAAGGCACACAACAAUAUAAAGUUAAUUUCUACAAUGAAGUGGAGCUUUAUGAACCGUACAUCAGUAGAAAUUAUUUUCGUUUUGUUGGGGUUUAUUAUGGCUUUUCGAAGGACGAAUAUUUCCUAGUUUGCAAUGAAUCAAUGAAGCCAUUAAAAGUAAAAUGGUGCAGAAACGAAGUGAAAGAAGUAUCAGAACUUUCACCAAGAUCCAAUGAUAUAGGAGAACAUCAUGAUAAAAAACACAUAGAUGAUCAUUUCAUCAUAAUACCGAAGAGUGCAACCAUCCCACCCAGUUCAUCUUUUAAAAUGCGUAUUACGUUUAUUCCAAAGCCACAAAGUGCAAGUUGCCGCGGCGAUACAAGGAUGAAAUUCAAAAGUCAAGCUUACUUAGCUUUCAACACAAAACCCAUACGUCUUCCAAUAACCUUAUCUGGCAAUGCAAAAGGAGCUGAUAUUAUUUUGAAUUUUUGUCAUAUAGAGCUGGGAAACAUUACCAUUGGAGAAAGACGAUGCAUUCGGGUUAAAGCUCUUAAUACAAGUUCUAUCACUGGUAUCAUCAAAUUUGUCGGUUGUGAUGGUUCUUUCGGAGGGGUUGCAAGUUGUGAUCCAAACUAUCAUAUUCUAGACCCUCAAGAAGAAAAAAUCUUUCGAAUCGAAUAUUAUGGAACCUGCCUCGGAAAAUGCGUGGAGAAGAUUUUAUUUCGGGUAGAAAAUGGCCGUCAACUUGAAGUGAUUAUAAGUUGCGUUGUGGAUCCUAUCAAAGUCAUUCCUACCCCUGAUACUAUAGACUUCGGCAAUACCCCGAUUUGCUCACUGCAGAAGAAAGAACUCAUUGUGCGAAAUCCGAUGUGUGCUCCGAUAGUAGUUUCUCUAGAGGUUGAUAAUGACGGAGUACAGGAACCUUUGAUAAUUCGCGACUUUGAUGAAUUCGUAGAUAACUGGGAAACUGAAGAUGAAGAAUUAAAUACUGAGUCGAAGAAUCAUUUUAUGACAUGCAAUCAAAUGGAAAAAGUGAAUUGCGGAUUUGAUGAUUAUACGUCUUCGAGUGUAUCUAGUAUUCCUGAAGAUAAUGUUGAACUGGAUAAAUCACAAGAAAUGUGCAGGCCUAAAGAAGGAGAAUUGGUAUCUCAAAUCAGCGCGAAAAGUUCUGGAUUCAUUGAUAUAUGUGAUAAUGUAUCUCCGAUAGCAUCAACCUUUGUUGUUGAAACAACUCGUGAUCGAUUAAUAGAUGAUCCUCACCCAGAUCUUAUCAUUCUAAAUAAUAUCACUUCAAAUUUAUUUAAACUUGACUACUUUGAACCUCUUUCCGAUAUGUUGAUGAAACGAGAAAAGUUUCCAAAAUUGCCAAACUCUCCGAAAGAAUAUCUCUUCAGUCCAAAGUUAUAUUUCAUCAAAGGGCUUGAAAGUUGCAAGAUUCCAAUUUUUCUAGCGUCAAAUAGAAGCGGAAAGUUUACUACAGUCCUAAAGAUGAGAGUGGCUGUACCACAAGAUAUAGAUGCAAAUCCGUUAGAAACAGAAAUGAAUGAUAUAAAUACAAUAACACUACCAGAAGAAGCAACAAUUACGACGAUAGCUUUAAGCCACAAUUGUAUCGUGCCAGAAUUGGAAGUAAUGGAUGAAAUACAAUUUGACGUUGGCGUUGAUUUCCCUAAAAGGAUUGACUUCUUAGUAAAAAAUUUAGCGAAUAUUACGGGAAUUAUUAAUUUUAGGAUAAUUGAUCCUGAUGAAACAGCCGAAGUCAUAUUUGAACCCAAAAGACUCGUCAUAAGACCAUUAGAAACCCUAACCUGCCAAAUGAAAGUCACUUGCCGGAUAGUAGGCGAGAGUGCAAUAAAAGGAAGUAUCGGUGUAUUUGGAGGCAGAAAAGAAUAUCCAUUUAAAAUUCACUGCAAAUCAGCGCCACCAAAACUAAAAAUAUCCGUUACUCCAAUUAAGCAUACACAGAAGGUUUUAAUCAAAGAUGUAUGUAUGACGUACAUUAUCAACACAGGACCAGCAUUGGUACAAUACGAGGCUGAAAUGAAAAAUGGAACUUAUAUGAAAUGUGAUAAUCCUCAAGGAGUCGUAUAUCCAAGGGAAUGCGCGGAAAUUCGUGUAUCCACAUUUUUCUAUGAUCCGGAUUUAUACAAAGAUACAUUGAUUUUGAAAGUCAAACACCUCAACAUAAUUGUACGUAUUAUGGAGUUUCUAAAUCAGGAAAAUAAUACAAAGUCGAUGUUUCCACAGACUGUUCCUAUUCAGGUAAAUGCAGUUGGACUUCCAUUCAAAUUUAAACCAGACAUCACAGAUGGGCUAAAUUUAAAUGCAAUAGCCACAUCCAAUAAGCCUUUUAUAAUACCAAUUUUCAUUCAGUGUCUUGCAAAAAAGCCCUACAAAAUUUCUAUUUCAAGGAAGAAGCAUUUAGGCAACGAUGAUGAAAACUCCAGAUUUGAAUUCAAAGAAAAUUCUCUUUAUGUCGAACCUGAUGGGAUUGCUGAGCUCGAAUUGAUUCUGAUUCGAAAAACAUCGGCGAAAUUUAAGCAAGAGUUUACUAUCAAUGCUCUUGAAUGGAUAUCACGAAAGCGGGUCGAAGGGUUCCCAUUUAUAGCUGAAGUUGAACUAAUUAAUGUCCGUCUAAGCUGGAGUAAACCACAAUUGGAAUUUGAUUUCCGGAACAGUGACUUUUAUGAAAUGUCAUUCGGAGAGUCCGUAACAUUAAGGAAUCACUCCGAUAUAACUGAAGAAGUAAGAUUAGAAGCGGUGGGAAGCUUCGAAAUAUUUUAUCCUGAAAAACACACUUUUUUUACAAAAAUGGAAUUAAGGCUAGGACCGCGACAAACAAAAGACUUAGUUAUUUGUUUCGAUGUGAAGGAAAUUAACCAAUGGAACCGAGAUGUUCAAUACGAAGGCAAGAUUCUAGUCAUAAGCCCAGAGAAGAAUCACGUUCGACCAAUAAAGAAUGAACAUUUUCAAACCGUUUUGGACUAUACAAAUCUCCUUGGACCUAUUAACAUGUUCACCCAACGAGUAGACAUCAAAAAUGAAUGGUUAACCAGUUUCGAAAAAAUGUUGGACUAUGAUUUGGAAGAAGACGUCAAUCAUGAUGAGGAGGAGGAGCAAACUGUGACAUCAGAGAGUAUUCAAACAAUUUUCGAACCUGUUGAAAAUCGCUUGAAGGGAAAGAAAUCUAGAAAAAUAGCCCCACAAGAUUCACCACACACACCAAAAUCUUUAAAGAAGGACGAGUCUAAGAAAACCAAAGGCAAGAAUAAAGAGGCUCGGAAAAAGGCGAAAUCGAGUGAAGAAUUGGAUAGCGAAAGUAGACAAACAAAAUCUCCUAAAUCUCCAAAAAUGAAUCCAAAGUCAAAGAAAAGUCCUUUGAAACCAGAGGCUAUGGAGGACAUCAUUUCUCAGAUAGAAGAACCAAAGCCUCCAGAUUUCAUAUGCAAAGAGCACAAAUUGAAUGUAACGUUUAGUGAAAUCGCUAAGAAAAUUCGAGAAGUACUCGAAAUUAAAAGUGAAUUUGGACCGUAUGAUAAGGUCAAGUUGUGUGGCCUGAAACCUCAUUCGAAAGCCUCAAUAAAGUCGAACACCACUGGCACUGAAUCAUACUUUGCACUUGAUCAUUAUCGUGGAUCCAUUUCGCCAGGAGCACAGAAGAAAAUGUGUUUGUAUUUCUCAGGAGAUUCAGAAGACGUUGAAAUUAAGUCAACUCUAAUUAUGGACGUGGUUGGAGGCAAAUCGGAAACGUUGAAUGUUACCGUUUCCAAUACGAGAAUAGAAAUAGAGAUUUCACAGAAUAACUUCAACGUUGGUUCACAAGUAAGUAUUUAUAAAUAA